AUGACUGACCAGCUCCUCUAUCCCCAGUGGAACUCCACAGAGAAGUCCAGGGAGGAAUGUGGACAUUCCAAAUCUGAACAAGAGCAGGCAGAAACCGGAGAGGAUCAGCAGGCUGUCAAUCAACAAAGCACAGUGCUGCCGGGAACCUCAGCGAAGAAGGGGACCAAACGAAAAAUGUCUGCCAAGCAUAAGGAAGAGUCCUCCCCAAAGAAGGCAGCAGAGCACAGUGACAACCCCAAACCCCGGAAGAAGAUACCAAUUCCUCCCUUACCGUCUAAACUACCACCGGUCAAUCUGAUUCACCGGGACAUUGUACGGGCCUGGUGCCAGCAAUUAAAGCUGAGCAGCAAAGGCCAGAAAUUGGACGCAUAUAGGCGAUUAUGUGAGUAUGCGUAUCCAAAUCAAAAGAUGUCAGGUGGUGUGUGGUCCAUGGGAGAAGUCUCCCUGCAGACACAGAUGGUUGGGUUCACCUCCAGUUUCAUGCUGGACAAGCCUGGGUUCCCGAAAAGCAGGGAGGGAGAGUGAGUGCACUCUUCCUGCUUCCUGCCUGCAGUUUUCCACCCCCACAUCUUGAAGA